AUGAGAAGCCUACACGUCGAGCCACCCUCGGAGGUGGCGACCGAGGAGAAGACUGAGCCGUACUCCCAGAGCGAGAUCGAUGCCCGCCUCAGGAGCUUCCAAGAGCAGAAGGAGAUCGAUGAGGCGAUCGCGGCCGAGAACCACGCAAUCCACCUGGAUGACCUAGCUGUUCCCAAGGAUAGAGACAUUCGCAUCCUCGUACGACCUCUUACCCGGGCACGGUCUGUGAGCCCCGGCAAUCUCGAUAGCUGUGAGUGGUUGCAGUUGACAGCCGAAGUUGCGGAACCGAAACAACCUGAGCAGAAAGUCCUCGCGGUCACGCAAACGAGCAGAGACAUCAAAUUCUCCGUGCGCAUUCCUGGAGAGAAGCUAGAAAAUGACACAAGGCCUCCUCUAUGGUGCGAACUCUACUACGACCCAGCCAGCGACAACCAAAUAUUCCUCAACCGUUCCGGAAUUCCAUUGUUCUUGUCUAGGGUAUCCCAGCUCCCAGCUGCCAGUCCGAGCAUCGAGUAUACCAUCAAUCCCCACACCACCAAGGCUCUGAUUCCAGGAACAUGGAGAAUCAAGGUCAGAAAUAUCAACGUUCUUGAUUUCAGGAUCGUUGAGAAGCGUCCUGCGAUUUUGAGGUCGUCACUGAGCUUGUCGGCAUCAAAUGAGUCCCUCAUCAGCUUGCUCAACUCAUCAGGAAAACGGACCCUCACCGCCGAAGACACUGCGUCCUCCCCUGACAAGCGACUUCGCGCCGAUGAGUCCAUGGUUCGAAGUGAUGCACGAAGUGAUGAUGGCGUGGUGAUGUUUAUGAGACCAGGAAGCGCCACGAACCCACUCGUCUUCCCACUCCCUUCGGGAGAGAAGGGCAAGGAGCUCAUGACAACCAACGGAAAUCCUCUGCUGGAGCUCGAAGACGGCGAUGUUGCCGAGAUACCUGGCGCCGAGGUUGACGUUGACGAGUAUACAAUCAAGAAGAUCGGUCCCAUCGCAUCAACAAGCCUAAGUGCCGUGGCCAUGGGCGAGUUCUCCCGGGAACCCGACAGCAUCAUCACCGUCAAGGUUCUCAAAACCCGUCUGAACCAAAAAACACUGGCCACAGCAAAACCACAAGACGCAGAGCGGAACGUCAUUCGCCAAGCUGAUAUCUGGCUGCGCGAGUUUCUCAACCACGAGGUACUGGACCAUAAGUCGAUCCCACGCUUAUUCGGUGGCGACGCGAGAUAUCUGUCCUUGUACAUGGAGUACAUUGACGCCAGAGAUCUUUCGGCAAGAGGCGCCUGGCAGGAUCCUCAGACCACGUUCUUUCUCGGCAACCAACAGGAUUCUGAGCGUAUCCUCCGGGAUGUUGCCGGUGCGCUGGACUACAUGCACAGCCGCAACAUGGUUCACAACGAUAUCAAACCGGGAAACAUACUCUUCAACCGGGAUCGGGGAGCUGUUCUAUGCGAUUACGGCAUGAUCACCGAUGUUCACGCAAACCAGGAGAGGAUAGGUGGCACACCAUUCUACAUCUGCCCCGAGUUUAUCGGCCAGAAGCUCCGCGGCCAGCCCGCGGACGUGUGGGCUUUGGGUGUAACAAUGCUGUACGUCCUCGGAAAAAUCGGUCUACCGGAUGCUCGAGGACAGAAGAACCAUCCGCGUCAUCUCUACUGGAUGAUUGCAUACAUCAACACGGCACCGCAACAUCAAAGACAACUACCAAACUUCGACGGACGUACUGCCGCCCAAAAAAUGCAAGUCUGGCUCAACGACAUCCACGAAGCAAAGAUGCGCCUGGAUCAGAACAACAAAGUUGAGAGACUCGUCGCGGCCAUGUUGGUCUUGAACCCGAAACAGAGGAUCACGAUGCGCCAAGUCAUGCUGGAACUGUCGCGAGUUUCGGCGGAGAAGGAAGAACAAGCAGUGCCUUUACUGCACGAAUAG